AUGGGCGACUUAAGGCCGGACAAUAGCCUUUGUUUGACGAACGCAUAUCUUCCAGACAUAAAUGUCAACCAUCUGGCGCCUGCCUCAUCCGGCGACAGUUCUAACCACCAUCAGCCGAAAUAUGAUCAAUCGGCCCACUACCAACGACACCAACCAGAGUGUGCUCAAGAUCAAAAUGAAAUGCAGCUCCGUUCGGAUGGUCAGAUUGAAUGCUCUCCAAUCUGUUCAGUCAUCGACAGCCCGCUUGCUGCAUGCCCUUCGGAAGAUGAAGUAGAUCUGUUGACACGAGAUCCAGACAAGCUCAGUGGACAGACAUGCCAUCGGAAGAAGAAGGAGGAUAGAGCUGGAGGCCUUUAUUGCCUCAAAGAAGUAGACACUGGCGUGCAUUUAGUCAAGCUUCGGCUGCCCUGGCCGACAGGAAACUGGCUUGAGCCGGCAGCCGAACCGGGCACCCCUUCUCUGGGCUGCAUGGGAAAAGCAGAACUGAGAGACUAUAGGAGCCCAGGUCACGUGGAUAAGGACAAGUUGGUGGAGAAAUGGAGAGAGAGACCAGAAAAAACGCCCAAUGAGUGCCUUAAUUCGAUGAACAAGCAAACAGAAGGAUUGGAGCCGACCAGUAGGCAAAGUUCCCACUUUACUAGUAUUUCAAUUGAUAUGACCUUGGGGUUAUAUAAGAUAUGA